CCAGACUAUAUAGUCUGAAUUUUUGAUAGAUAUUUGAUGAUUCUCCAUCUAGCUGUUUCACGCACCUUUGGCACUUUAGGAUAGGAGUGUAGGGGAGGGAUCAAGGAGCUGCGUUAACUGAGAGGAGAUCGAGUGUGCUUAUUGCCACGGGUAGGUAGGUGCGUUCACAGAGCAGGACGGCAUGCAGUCACAGAUGAUGUAUGCAGGUGAGAGAUCGGCGGCGAGAGAGAUGGAGACGGAGAUGAUGGCUCGGGAUCAGAAGCAGAUGGGCUGCUCUCCCUUGGGCAGGUUCAUUUCUAGAGUAUUCAUGCGCAGAGGGCGGCAAGGGCGCAUGCGGGGCGACAGGAUGGACUAUGGCGCCAUGGCCUACCCUACCGCGCAGACGUGCUACGUGCGCCCGGCAGCCGCCUUCAGCACCGCCACCGCCAACGCCCACGCCAUGCGGCCGGAGCCGCUGCAAGCGCACGCCGUGGCCGUGCCCGGCGCGCCGUACGGCGCCGCGUCGCCCCGCGGCGGCGGCAGCAAGCGCAAGAAGAAGAAGAAGUCCAAGAACAAGCGCGUGCGGUUCGCGCCGGCAGGGGCGGAGCCGGUGCCCACGGACGCGCCACCGCCGCACGGGCAUCUCCACGCACCGGCAGCAGCAGCUGCGAGCGGCGGCAGCGCCGGCCAUCCCCCCCACCAACAGCACUACUACCCGUCCGCCGCCACUGCCACUGCCUCCGCCGGCGCCGAGCCGUACUCCACCUCCACGGCUGCGGCCCACGGGCACGGCGGCAGGUACGCGUGCGCGGCGUCGCCGCUGGCGCGGUGGGAGAUGCUGGGCGCGUCGUCGGCGGGCACGCCGCGGCGGUACGAGUACUUCUCCGGCGAGUACCGGUGGUACUACCCGACGCCGGUGCGCGAGGGCAUCUACGGCCUCGCCACGGACGCCAACCGGCUCACCGCCAUCUUCAGCGAGGAGAAUCCCAACGCCUGCGCCAUCGUCUGAUCACCAUAUGCAUGAUGCAUAUGCAUGGUCAGAGAAUAAUAUUAGUCAAAAUUUAAUUAGCGUAUUUCUUAGGGCACAAAUUAGUUAGUGAUUAGAAGAAUGUGAUGCUGCCGCUGCUGCAAGUGCAAUGUACAUGUAGAUAAGGUUGGUGACAGUAGUGUGUGAGCACGUACUAUAGCUUUGUUUGGUGAAAUGGAUAUGUUCUAAUGUUUCGGCUUAUAUUCUCAUUGUCCCAUCCAUACUACCUGUUGCUGAAAAGUUGGUAGUUUUAAGCAGGUCUCCAAAGAGAA